AUGAAUAACAAUAGAAAUAGUGAAUACAGAAAAACAACUACAACAAACGAGUAUAAAGAAAAAAGAAAAGAAAAACAAGAUUUUAUUCGACAAAUUUUAAAAAAUCAAAUUAUAGUUGAAAAACGUCAAAAAAUACAAAAACAAAAUGAAGAACAUAUUCAACAGCUCAAAGAUGAUAUUACAGAUAAUAUUAAAAAUGAAUUAAAAAAGUUACAUGGUCAAAUUAAAUUACAACAGCAAUAUUUUAGAAAAUAUUCAAAUUACCAAAAAAAACAAACAUUAGUCAGUUUAAGAAAUCUAUUAUCAUCAAAUAAUUUAAAUAUAGCAAUUGAAUUAUUAGUUAAUUUUAAUGAACAAAAUAAUAAUAAUAAUAAUAAUAAUAAUGAUAAUAAAAGUAGUAAUAAUUUAUUUAUUGAUUUUUUAUUAAAGAUGUUAAAUGACCCAAUGGAUGAUGGAAAUCAGUUAGAAGCAGCAUGGUGUAUAACAAACAUAGCAGGAUCAGAAUAUACUAAAUCUAUUAUUAAUAGUACACCGUUUUUAAUUAAUCAUUUAUCAAGUAAUAAUAGUACAUUACAAGAUCAAUGUGCAUGGGCCUUAGGAAAUAUUUCAUUAGAUUCAAAAGAGUAUAGAGAUUUAUUAAUACAUCAAGGUAUACUACCACCUUUAGUUACUUUAUUAUCUUCAAGGGUACCAUCACUUACUAUUACGACUUGUUUUACAUUAUCAAGUUUAUUAAUUCAACCUCUACCAUCCCCUUCAAUUUUAAUAAAAUUUUUUACCAAUCAAAAUAAUAAUAAUAAUAAUAGUAAUAUACUUUUACAAUUAAAUGAUCAAAUUAAUUUUAGAAAUAAUAGAUUAAAUAAUAAAAUUAAACAACCUCAACAACAAGAACAAGAAAAACAAAAUGAAAAUUUCAUAGAAAUUGAAAUUUUAUAUCACUUACUUUGGUUAUUAAAUGAUUUUUUAGUUAAUAUAUCCAGUAUUAAACCUGAAACAAUUAAAUUUUUAACUAUCGAUAAUAGUAUAUUUAAAACUAUUAUGAACUUUAUAAUAAUGAACCAUAUUGAAAAUCCAAUACUAUUAUCACCAUGUAUAAGAAUUUUAGGUUGGUUAGUUUUAGAACCAAUUCUUUUCACUCAAGUCAUACAAAAUGAAAAUAGUAAUAAUAAUAAUAAUGUAAUUAAAGAAAUUAUAUCUAUUAUUAUAAAUAAUAUAUUAUUAAAUGAAGAUAUUAAUAAUCAUGAAAACAAUAAUAAUAAUAAUGAUUUCAUUAAUCAAGGUUUAUUAAAUGAAUCAAUGUAUUUGUUAUCAAAUUUAACAGCAUAUUCAAAUCAAUUAAAUGAAAUCAAUCAAAUUAUAAUUAUAGAGAAUAAAUUUAUUGAUAGAUUCUUAUCAAAUACGGAUCAAAAUGAAAAUGGAAUAUUAUUAAGAGAAUUUAUUUAUUUAUUUUCAAAUUUAUAUUUUGAUAAAUCUUCAGCAUCAAUGAUUACAAAACAACCAUUAUUAAAUUCAAUUAUAAAAAAUCCUUUUACAUUAUCAAUCAUUUUAAAUGUAAUUAUUAAUUACCAACAACAGAAUCUUCUAAAACCAAUUCAAAUUAUUAAUGAAGAAAAUGAUGGAAUUGAUAGUGAUGAAACAUUCAUUUUAAUUGUGUGUGAUUUUUUAAAUGACUAUUUUCAAAAUCUUGGAAAUAUUAAUCAUUUAAAUCAACUUCAUAUAAAUCAAAUUUCAACAAUUAUAACAAAUAAUCAAACAUUAUCUUCAUUAUCAUCAACUAUCCAACAACCAUAUAACCAACUUUUAUUUAUUUUAACAAAUUUAUUUAAUUUGAAAAUAAUAAAAUAA